AUGAAAAAGGGUUUUUUUUUGUUUUUUUCAACUUUUUUUUAUUUUUUACAAAAUAUUAGUUUGGAAUUGAAUAGGAAAUCAUCAAAAAAUAGUUCCAUUGAUAUUAAUGGUGGAAAUGAAAAAAAAAAAAAUAAUGGUAUUAACUUCGAUCCUGAAAUUGAAGGAAAUACAUGUAUAAUAUUUUCAGCAAGAGAAGGAGAUUUAAAACAUUGCUGGUGUCCAAGAGGAUAUAUAAUGUGUAAUGAAGAAGAUGUUCUAGAUAUACAAACAAAACUAAAUCAAAUAGAAAGUAAAAAUCAAAGAAAUAGAGUAACACCUAAAUGGAUGAAAAUAUUAUGUGAUAAUUCAAAAGACAAAGGAUUUAAAAAUAUGUCUGUUGUAAUUGAUUAUGAAUUAGCUGUUAUAUGUAAAAAUAAAUCUGAUGAAGAAAAUCCUGAUUUUGAAAUUAUAGGUGCAUCUGGUUAUGUUUCAAAAGAAGAAAUUAUCGAAAGAGAAAAAGAGAGUUCUAUAUAUGUUCCACGUAAAUGUACAGUAAAUCAUUUUUAUUUAUGUAGAAAAGUAGAAAAUGAUAAUGUUAAUUGUAAAUAUACGGAAUGGUCUGAUUGGAGCGAGUGUACAGAUAAAAUACAAAGAAGAAGUAGAAAAGUUGUAAGAUCUAAUCAGAACAAUAAUAAUUUUUGCUUAUGGAAUAAUAAAAUAAUACCAAGAAAUAUAAUUGAAGAAACCCAACCGUGUGAAUAA